AUGUCCAAUAUCCCCGCACCUGAAUGGACAGAAGAGGACCUCAGCCAGCUGACAAGAAGUAUGGUUAAGUUCCCAGGGGGGACCCCAGGUCGAUGGGAAAAGAUUGCUCACGAAUUGGGUCGAUCAGUGGCAGAUGUCACCAUGAAAGCCAAACAAGUGAAGGACUCUGUGACGUAUACACCAGGGGUCACCAGGCUCUCCGAGCUUAAAACCUUGGCCCAGAAUUCCAAGAAUGCCAAAGUCUCCAUGAAUCUACCAGACCACAUCAUCACACAGAGGGAAAGAGAGGAGGAAGAGGAGGAAGAGGAGGGGAACUUCAAUCACAGCCCAGAACAGACGGAUGCCCAAAUGGAUCCCAAGGAGGGCAGUGCUGGUGAGACCAGGCAUCGCAGGCGGAAGGUUCCCAAAGCACCCGAAAUGGUGCCAGCAGCAACAAAAGAGGGAUUGGAGGAGAAGGGCAGAGGGAGACGCCAGAAGGAUUUCGAUAACACAGAACAGGAGAAAGAAAGUGAUGAUGAGAGCAGAAAAAGAGAGAAGAGCCGUGCCUUAGAAGAAUUGUGGACUCAGAACCAACAGAAGCUUCUGGAAAUGGCCUUGCAGCAGUAUCCAAAGGGAACGUCGGAGCGCUGGGACAAAAUAGCAAAAUGCGUCCCUGGAAAAAGCAAGGAGGAGUGUAUAGCAAGAUACAAGUUGCUUGUUGAACUGGUACAAAAGAAAAAAAUGGCCAAAAGCUGAGUGCUCUGAGCAGAAGAAUUUACAUCGUCUUUGUCAAAAUGGGGUUGUAAAACUCAUAUGCAGGAAACUGCAUUUUGUACCUCGGUAUUUCUAUACGUCAUGUGCCUUAGUAAAAGAAAGUAUCAAUAAAUAUUUAGUCAUCUUACCA